UUGAGUUUCAUAUUUGUUCCCAUACGUACCAAAAAUUCAAAAUGUAUAGCAAACGUUCUCACGAUACUCAAACAGCUUCUGAGGAUAAAAAUCGGAAAAUGAUUGAAAUAGCUGCAGCUGGAGAUAACAUACCACUGAAGGAAAAUUGGAUGGAACGUUGGUGUACUGUUCCAGAUGAUUUUGGAAAUAUUUUUGAACAAAUCUAUGAAUUUGAAGUAAGAGAUAAUGACGUUUUUCUUGUAACAUUUCCUAAAUGUGGUACUACUUGGAUGCAAGAAGCAGCUUGGCUGUUAAUUAAUGAUUUGGAUUACGAAGCAGCGAAGAACAAGAUAUUAGCUUAUCGUAGUGUUUUUUUGGAUCUAUCUGGACUUUAUAAUAGUAUUGAAGUCAAUACUGUGACAUUAGCUACAGAAUUGAGAUCACCUCGUCUAAUUAAAUCACACUUACCAGCCAAUUUAUUGCCCCGUCAAGUUUGGGAAAAGAAGGUCAAGAUUAUAUAUUGUGUUCGAAAUCCGUGUGAUGUUGUCGUAUCUCUUUGCAAGUUUCAGGAAGGCCUGGGGACAUGGAAUGGAAGUAGUGAUGAAUUUGUACACGAUUUUAUGAACAAUCAUGUCAUGUACUCACCAUUUUGGCCAAGUGUUUUAGAUUUUUGGCAAAUGCGUAAUGAAGACAACAUUUUCUUUACUACUUAUGAGAAUAUGAAAAGAGAUUUAACUGAUGUUUUAUUGAAAUUAUGUAAAUUCUUAGAUAAACCAGAACUUACAAAAACCCAGAUCAGUAAAUUAGUUGAGCAUUUAUCUUUUGAUAAAAUGAAAGAAAAUAAAAAUACUAAUCCAACUGAUGUUAUAAGAGCAGGAUUUGGCAGUCCAAGUGUUAAAUUUGAUUUUGAGUUUAUGCGGCGGGGUAUUAUUGGUUCUUAUAAAGAUGAACUUAGCCAGGAUAAUCAGCGGAAGAUAAUCAACUGGUCGGAAAGGUAUUUAGAUAAACACAAGCUGACAAUAAAGGAAUUGUUUGGGGAAAUUUAAAGCA